CUCGCCCACCUGAGUCGCGAGCCGUGUGGGUGCUGGGGCGCCGGGCGGGCGGCAGCCGCGGGACUCCUGCCGGACGGGGCCGCCCCCGACGCGCGUGUGUGUGCCCGGGGCGGGUCGCGGCUGACAGGCUCCGCCCGGACGCCCCCCUGGGUUGCCGCCGCGCGGUUGGGGAGGGGGCGCAGGCUCAGCCUGGGCUGCGGGGAAGUUGGGAAAGCCGCUGGGCCGACUUAAGGGGCAAGGGUUGUGCCGGGGGUAAUUUUGCAGGGAACAGAAAGUCCGUGUCCUGUGCGGCAAGCCUGAGUGGCGCGGCUGUGGAAAUCACAGGUGGCGGGCGUGGGAGCGGGUGGGAGCCGGGAGGUGUGCAAACCAGGCUCCCUGCAUGGGCCCCCCCCCGGUAAAGCACGAGGCUUGCAGCAGGUGGGAGAAUCUCGGUGUUGACCGUGCACCUGCGUGGCCUUGGGGUGCGAAGAUGAACUGGACGUCCGGAAGGAGCGCAUCAACUCAGAGACAGAAUGACCGUGUACCAGAAGGGCUGAAGUGGAGGGGAAAUGAUGUGCCGUGGAGCAUCGGUUCCCGGGGUUCCCCCGCGUGCUUUGCCAUUUAAUGGCUGUGCAGGCGUGUCUCGCUCUUAACCACCCAUCUAGAUGCGAACGCGUGAAAGUGUUUUGGGAGCUGGAUGCACUGUGCCAAUGUGAAGUGCUAUGUGAAAGCACUUUGUGGAAAUGUGUAACAUACAUUCAUAGUCAUGGGAGUUGCAUUCAGUCAACAGAUAUUGUUGAGCUUCUGUGUGCAAGGAAGAAGGGUUAUGUUUUGAGAUGAGUGAGAUGCUUUUGUGCAUGGCCGCUUGUCAGACCUGUCAGUCUGAGAUUUACAUGCGUAGAGGCAGGAUGGAGAGUGCAAAACUGGGAUCCGUAAUUUGACCAUUGUUCUUUCUUUGUUCUCAUUUGAUUCAUAAUUGAGGAAUAUGACUUUGCAUUUUAAAGCUACGGAACAAUCAUUUUGUCUGUUGCCGUCUGAAGUAGUGAUAACAUCUGUUCAGGAGAGAGCAGCACCUUGAAGUUUUUGUAAACUGUGUGGUUGAAAACAGUUCAUUUCUUUCAAGAUAGUACCUGGCACAGGAAAGUUUUGGAAUGAAUCAAUGGCGACAAAUUGGUAAUUGGAUCACAAGAGCUGAACUUGAGUCAUAUGACACAUGGAAUUGUGCAUUUUUGAAAUAAACUACACGAACCCUUUGUGGAUGGGAUGCUUGUUGAUUUACCGUACUAUUUCAUUACUCUCGUGCGUUUUUCUUGUUUGCAAUAACUGUGGUGAUUUAAGCAAAAAAGGAAUUUCAUGAAAGACUAUUGGGGGUUCUCAGUGUUGCUUUAAAGUCUGCAGAGACUUGACUGGAAAUGGGCAGGAACCAAAUCAGAAUUCACUGCAAAAGUAGUUGGGGCUGGAUCUGGGGAGUAUAUCACUUCUGUUGCUUGAUAAUGCUGGAUUCUGCAGUAUGUACCACCAGCACCACAGGACCCUGCUGCUGCUGCUGCUCCUUGCAAAACUGGCUGUUGCUGCACAGUUAUUCUCUCAAACAUUCUUCUUUGUGAUAUUAGCUUUUAUUCGAAGUUCUCAAUGAGUGUCUUAGAUUGGCUAAACUUAGGUCACUGCCUGUACCCUAGCUGCAAGAGAGGUUGAGAAGUAUUUAGCCUUUUUAAGACAGAAGGCAGGCUUGCUCUACUUCCCACCAAUAGUUAUCCAGUGGGGAAAUCAGCAAAGAUAAACAUAGAAAAAGGGGUAUAAGUAAAUGCUAAGCAUCUCAACAAAACAAGCUAAACAGCUUCUUCAUAAUGACUAACAUACUCGUUCGUAUUUUACACACAUACACAAUAUUUGCACUUAUUUGGGAUUGCCAGGAUACACAGUUCACUUGUAUUGUGGUAGUAGGUGCUCUGUUUGAACACUCCCACUUAGUGGUGAUAGUGUUCUGAAGAGCCUGGUUGGGAGUCACUGCACCCUGAAAAUAGUGUUAGGGAGAUGUUGGUGCAUUGUCUGAUGUAGUUUUCUGCCACGGUUGAAUGCCUGUCCUUGAGGGAUGUUUCUGUAUUAUCAUGUUGUAAGUAAAAUUUGUUUCUCUGUAUUCACUGUCAGUUGUGAAGUCUUUGAAAAUACAUAGUGCAUCUUUCAAUUUUUGUGGCCCCAGUUUGUAACAUAUAGUAAGCCCUUAGUUUGUAGUAUGAAUGUCUGGCAGAAUUUUCUAACUGUCGAAGUCCUGCUGCUGCCUUCCAUCUGAAUUAAGUAUGGAAUGAAAAUGUUGGUUCGUAGCAAUAUGGGGAAGGAAAAAUCAAAAUAGAAUUAAAAAAACAUUGAUUAUAGCCAUGGUCAUGCACUGCAUAACGACAUUUUGGUCAACAAAAGACCACAUACAUGACAGUGGCCCUGUAUGAUUAUAUCAUUUUUUUAACUGUACCUUUCCUUUUUUAGAUACACAAAUAUUUAACCACUGUCUUACAGUUACCUUCAGUAUUCAGUACAGUGGCAUGCUGUGCAGGUUUAUAGCCUAGGAGCAGUAGGCAAUAUAGGCAAUAUCUGAGAGCCUAGGUGUGUAGUAGGCUAUACUACCUAGGUUCGUGCGAGUAUACUCCAUGAUAUUCCCACAACAAUGGAAUCACCUAGUGACGUCCUUCAGGGGUGUGUGACACUACUUCAGUAGUCUCCAGAAAUAAUGGUUACAAAGUUUUACACGAUUUCCUUUGGUCUAGGGCUGUUUUGAUUAGUAGCUUUAGUUCUGUAUACUUGUUUUUGUUAAUGGGUAAAGGUGAACCUGCUUCAUGGCUUAUCUUUCUUUUUUCUUCUCAUUAAGGAAUGGCUUCUGGUUUUUCAUGUUGUGCCUGGAAAAGAAAAUGAAGUAUGUAAGCUGGAGAAAAAUGGCAAUGACAGUGAAAUUGUAACCCGAACUCACUUUUUUUUUUUUUUUUAAGUUGGAGUUUUGCUCUUGUUGCCCAGGCUGGAGUGCAGUGGUGUGAUCUUGGCUCACUGCAACCUCCCCUUCUUGGGUUCAUGUGAUUCUCCUGCCUCAGCCUCCCGAGUAGUUGGGAUUAUAGGCAUGUGCCAACACACCUGGCUAAUUUUCGUAUUUUUAGUAGAGACAGGGUUUCACCAUGUUAGUCAAGCUGGUCUCAAACUCCUGACCUCAGGUGAUCGACCCACUGCAGCCUCCCAAAGUGCUGGGAUUACAGGCGUGAGCUACUGCUCCCGGCCUGAAAUCACUUGCAUUGUCCUUCGGCUGUUGCAUGCAUUUUCAGUUUGAUAGAUAUAGAAAAGGUUGAUUGACGAAUGGGUCUGGGUUACGUGUACUUCCUGUUUGCUUUGGUCAACGUAGCACAUAAAAUUCCAUUGCUAUGAUUUUAUUUGUAGACCUCCCUCCCUAGUGUAGUGAUCUAAAUCUAAUCUUUGUAUCCCCAGGGCCUAGCACAUGGGAGAUGGUAAUAAUUCAAAGGAUAAUAUUUUGGGGAACUUGAAGUCACCGUAUGUUUCUCUUUGGUUUUCUCAAGUUCCAAAUUGCCUGUAGCUUCCAUAUCAAGAGCUACUUUUUGGAAACUUUAGUGGUAGUUUCUUCUAUUGUCAUCUAGGAUUAAGGCUGAGAAUGAGGCCUAGUGCCUCCCAAGGGGAAGGAGGAUGACUUGGAAGUAGAAGUUUCAUCCCUUUCAGUCCUGGUGGAUUGUGGGAAGUGGGGGACAGAGGUAGCGAAAACAGAUUGUGAGAAAUUGUUAUCUGCUCUUAUCUGUUCUGAUCUUUUUUGGCUGGCUAAAGUUCUAGGUUUAAGGUGGGGAUGUUUAAUGGGAUGAGGGGACAGUCAGCAGUUGAAGGCCUUUUGCUCUGCUCCUUAUUUGGAAUCUUGAGAGGAGAUGUUUUGCAGGUUGGUGAUAGGCCAACAUGAGUCUGUAGCACAGCAGUGGUAGAAGGAAGUGGCUAGCUAGAUGAGCUUGUGGUAGCAGGAGAUUCUGAAAUGCUCUCAUACCACCACGAAGGAGGUGGAAGAAUUACUGGCGUGGUGGAACAGCUGGCAUCAUGACAACGGACUGUGUAACUAUAGAUUCAAGGUCAGGAUCACAGACCCCAGGGAUGAGAGCCAGCACAACCUCCCAAAAGAUGAGAUGGCACUAGUUCAGCCAUAGGACCUGAUUACCUCCUUGCAGCAGAGACCAGUGAGGUUCCAGAGAGACAAUACGGAUUCAAGGUCUUUUUGGCACUGUUCCUUCUAGGAUGUUCCUAUAAGACCUUGGAGGAAAUCUACCUGAAAGCAGUCAUUUAAAGCAGUCUGAGUAAGGAGUAAAGUCUGAGUAUGGACUAGAAGAGAUUAAGAUAUUGUUUGACAAGUUUUAAAUUUCCUGGAUAUUUAUUAGAGUAGAUAUUCGUGAGGAAUAUUAGAUUAAUCAUGGAAAAAAAUGGCACAUGUUCAGGUGACAGAUCAGAUCAGUUAUAGAAAAUAAAGCAGGCUGUAGUCCCAGCACUUUGGGUUGGGACACGUGGAUUGCUUGAGCCCAGGAGUUCAAGAUGAGCCUGUGCAACAUGGCAAAAACCCGUCUCUACUAAAAAUACAAAUAACUACCCAGGUGAAUGCCUGUAGUCCCAGCUACUCAGAAGUCUGAGGUGGGAAGAUCAGUUGAGCCCAGGAGUUGGAGGUUGCAGUGAGUGGUGAUCACAGCAUUGCAUACCAGCCUGGGCAACAAAGUGAAACCCUGUCUCAAAAAAAAAGGCAACUGCAUUUGAGUUGCAGUGUGAGUAAAUGUGACAAGGUAACAAAGGGUAAUAAAUCACUGCAUUAGGUGAGAUGAUGGAGUCUAUCUUGGCUAAGGACUGAACCUGGGGUGGAGACAGGAGGGAAUAUCUUCAUGUACGAGGGUGAGAAGAGGUGCCAGAUGCGCACAGUGGUUCAAGUCUAUCCCAACACUUUGGGAGGCCAACGCAGGCAGAUAACCUGAGGUCGGGAGUUCGAGACCAGCCUGAUCAACAUGGAGAAACCCCAUCUCUAUUAAAAAUACAAAAUUAGCUGGGCGUGGUGGUGCAUGCCUGUAAUCCCAGCUACUCGGGAGGCUGAGGCAGGAGAAUCCCUUGAACCUGGGAGGUGAAAGUUGCAGUGAGCUGAGGUUGUGCCAUUGCCCUCUAGCCUAGGCAACAAAAGCAAAAUUCUGUAUCAAAACAAAAACAAAACAGAAGAGGUGCCAGAGAAGGCAACGGCAGUGGUGACUGAAAAGUUUAAGGACAGCUAGAAAGUGGUUGCUAAGUGACUCAGCCUUAGGAGAGAUUGGAAGUAGUCUUCUAGGAGAGAAGCAUAAAUUGCCUCGUGAGAGACUAGCGAGCAAUACAGUCAGGAUGGCUAAAGGUGACCCCAAGAAACCAAAUGACAUGAUGUCUGCUUAUAGCUUCUUUGUGCAGACGUGCAGAGGACAUAAGAAGAAAAACCCAGAGGUCCCUGUCAAUUUUGCAGAAUUUUCCAAGAAAUGCUCUGAGAGGUGGAAGACAAUGUCCGGGAAAGGGAAAUCUAAAUUUGAUGAAAUGGCAAAGGUGGAUAAAGUGCGCUGUGAUUGGGAAAUGAAGGAUUAUGGACCAGCUAAGGGAGGCAAGAAGAAGAAGGAUCCUAAUGCCCCCAAAAGGCCACCAUCUGACUUCUUCCUGUUCUGCUCAGAAUUCCACCCCAAGAUCAAAUCCACAAACCCUGGCAUCUCUAUUGGAGAUGUGGCAAAAAAGCUGGGUGAGAUGUGGAAUCACCUAAAUGACAGCGAAAAGCAGCCUUCCAUCACUAAGGCGGCAAGGGUGAAGGAGAAGGAUGAGGAGGAUGUUGCUGACUGUAAGUUGAAAGGAAAGCUUGAUUGUGCAAAGUGUCCUGGUAAAGUUGCCUGGAAAAAAGUGGAAGAGGAAGAUGAAGAAGAUGGGGCGGGGGUAGGGGGAAUAAAAAAACUGUUUAUCUGUAAAAAAAAAAUUGCCUCGUGAAACGU